CAUAACGACCAGGAGACGCUGUACCCGCUGGGGCUGAAAAAAGACUGAGCGCGGUUUCUCCAGUGAUGAACGAGGAAAUUUCGCCCGAGGCCGAGGUGGGAGAGCUGGAGCUUGAUGCUGUCAUCGGCUUCAAUGGACAUGUUCCUACUGGUCUCAAAUGCCAUCCUGACCAGGAGCAUCUGGUGUAUCCCCUGGGCUGCACAGUCCUCAUUCAAGCACUAAAUACUCAGGAGCAAAAAUUUCUGCAUGGCCAUGGAAAUAAUGUCUCCUGUUUGACCAUCUCCAAGAGUGGAAAUUACAUUGCCUCUGGACAGGUCACAUUCAUGGGGUUCAAGGCAGAUAUCAUUCUGUGGGAUUAUAAGAAAAGGGAGCUGUUGGCUCGGUUAUCACUUCACAAGGGCAAAGUUGAAGCUCUGGCCUUUUCACCAAAUGACCUGUACUUGGUGUCACUGGGAGGCCCGGAUGACGGAAGCGUGGUGGUAUGGAGCAUAGCCAAGAGAGAUGCCAUUUGUGGCAGCCCUGCGGCCGGCCUCAAUGUCGGGAAUGCCACCACCGUGGUGUUCUCUAGGUGCCGGGAUGAGAUGUUCGUGACUGCUGGAAAUGGGACAAUUCGAGUAUGGGAACUCGAUCUCCCGAACAGAAAAAUUUGGCCAACGGAGUGCCAAACAGGACAGAUGAAAAGAAUAGCCAUGUGUACUGCAAUGGCUGUGGAUGACAGCUUUUUCUACCUUGGCACCACAACUGGAGAUAUUCUAAAGCUGAACCCCAGGACCAAACUUCUGGCAGACACUGGACCUGUGAAGGACAAGUACAGUUUAGGAGUGUCGGCAAUCAAAUGCCUGAAGAUGGGGGGUUUGUUGUUAGGCUCUGGAGCCGGAUUGCUGGUCUUCUGUAAAAGCCCCAGCUACAAACCCAUCAAGAAAAUUCAGUUACAAGGUGGCAUCUCUUCUAUUGCCCUGCGAGGAGAAGGACACCAGUUUUUUGUAGGAACAGAAGAAUCACACAUAUACCGUGUCAACUUCACAGAUUUCAAAGAGACUCUCAUUCUAACAUGCCACUUUGAAGCUGUCCAGGACAUUGUCUUUCCAUUUGGCACUGCUGAGCUAUUUGCCACCUGUGCCAAGAAAGACAUCAGGGUGUGGCACACGAUGUCCAACAGGGAGCUGCUGCGGAUCACUGUGCCCAACAUGACCUGCCAUGGCCUGGACUUCAUGAGAGAUGGCAAGAGCAUCAUUUCAGCUUGGGACGAUGGGAAAAUCCGCGCCUUCGCCCCCGAGACGGGCCGGCUGAUGUAUGUCAUUAACAGCGCCCACAGGAUCGGAGUGACUGCCAUCGCGACCACCAGUGACUGUAAAAGGGUCAUCAGUGGCGGUGGGGAAGGGGAGGUGAGAGUGUGGCAGAUAGGUUGCCAGACCCAGAAACUGGAGGAGGCCUUAAAGGAGCACAAGUCCUCUGUGUCCUGCAUCCGGGUGAAGAAGAACAACGAGGAGUGUGUCACUGCCAGCAACGAUGGGACUUGCAUCAUUUGGGACCUCGUGCGUCUUAGGAGAAAUCAGAUGAUCCUGGCCAAUACCCUAUUCCAGUGUGUUUGUUAUCAUCCUGAAGAAUUCCAGAUCAUCACCAGUGGGACAGAUAGAAAGAUUGCUUACUGGGAAGUAUUUGAUGGGUCAGUCAUCAGAGAGUUGGAAGGUUCUUUGUCUGGGUCAAUAAAUGGUAUGGAUAUCACCCAGGAAGGAGUGCACUUUGUCACAGGUGGAAGUGACCAUCUGGUUAAAGUUUGGGAUUAUAAUGAGGGUGAAGUGACUCACGUCGGUGUGGGACACAGUGGCAACAUCAUGGGCCUCCGCAUAAGUCCUGGAAAUCAAUACAUCAUAAGCGUAAGUGAAGAUGGAGCCAUUUUGCGAUGGAAGUACCCGUUUGCCUCCUGAGGCACCGGACCUCCCUGGCCACCGUGCUUCGCAGUCCUGCUGAAGACUGAAUUUGGGCAGCUCCACACUAGUCUUGAUUUCUUUCAUUGGCGUCUUUGUUCUUUAGUCUAAAUAUUUUAUCUCUAAGUUUCUCCUUUCCUAUAUAGAAUGCAUUUUACAUUCUUAAAUUGCACAUAAAAUUGAAUAUGUUCAAGAAUAAUUUGUCCAGACGUACAUUUUUAAAAAAAGUUUUUUUUAAAUUAUAAAUACAUUCCCAAUUAUUGGC